AACUUGAAAUAAGCCAUUAAAUUCUAUCGCAUGUACGCACAUAUUCUCACGCUCGUAUGUCGAUCGCUACAUUGUUGACAAUAUUCGCCUGUAUGAAUUACAAGAGUGCAAUUCUUCCCGGGGAUUCGAUCAUCGAAUCCAGGAGCAAAACGCUUCAAAUUUCAAUAUAGCUGCGGUUUUCAACAAUUGACAGGAAUCGCUUAAUCGCUUUAAGUGAAGCAAAUUGCUGUUAUGUUUCGACAACUAAGGAACAUUCUAAGACAAAAACAGUUGUGCGCGAAAUUGAGCUGUUGGUAACUGCAAUCGACAUGGAAAAAUUUAACAGCAAACCCGAAGAAGCGUAAUUCAAAACAAACUUCUACAAUGCCAACAGUUCGACCAAGGACAACUAUCUACUUGUGGGAAUUUCUCUUACAACUACUAGACGGUGAAGAGCAUUGCUCCUCGAUUUCAUGGUUAAACAGAGAACGUGGUGAAUUUGUUCUUAAGGACCAAGGCGAGAUCGCGAAGUUGUGGGGAAUAGUGAAAGGCCGGCCUCGUAUGGACAAAAUAAAAUUGGGACGUGCUAUGCGAUAUUAUUACAAAAAGAAACUCCUGGCAAAGGUACCGAGGCGUAAAGCUGUAUAUCGUUUUGUGAAAUACGAUUGCCUCAAACAAAAACAAUCCGAAGUUGUACGUCAGGAGGAUUUUACAGAAAUUGAUUUCACCGAAAAUCCGCUAAUUGAUAUGAUCGAUAAAGGCAAAAACGGCGAUCUGUUACUUCCGGGAAAAGUAGAUCCCGACAAUGACGACAUGCCUUUGGGGAAAAUGCUUGCAGGAGGCAAAGAGAACACGUUCACAAGAAAGGAAGGGUGUGAUGGAUCGGAGUAUGUAGGAAACACGUUUGGAAGCAUGGACAAUAUUUCGGAUGCUUCAUGCAGUUUCUAUGAUCAAAAUCAGAACAAUUUCAACAUGCCUAUCCCGACUUCGGAUCAUUAUGUUCCAUGUUCUGAGCUGCCAUGUAUAUCACAGCAGAACUAUCUUAACUGUUAUAAGAACGAGAUGCCAGGGCCUAUAACAAGCUACAGCAUGGCGCAAACUUACAACCAAACAUUGCAUUCUAAUGGAACGUAUGCGAAUACAACACCAUACAGUGUGGACAACGGUGGACCAUUGGCCUCGCUGUUACUAAACAGUAUUUUGAUGAGCGACCAACAAAUUACCGAGGACCAAACUAGUUAUCAAACGGUACCCUCGGCGUCUUUGUUAACAUCUACGGGAAACACUGCACCUAUUUUAUCCACAGGCUAUUCACAGUUUAAACAAGAACCAUCACUUCAAACUAAUUUUAACCCUUCUGGACAUUUUCUCGACGAAAACGAAGAAACCUUAAAGUCGUUGAGGGAGUUUGAAAGAUUGCUAUCGCUGAAGGGAAGUUUUUAGUU